AUGGCCGAACUUCCAGGCCGCGAGGCCCUCACAGCCCGUGUGAUACCCUCGAUGGUCUUCAGUGACGGCAGCCCCUCCUCGAUGACCCCCGCGCCAACCGCACCCCUCGCAACAAACCCCGCCGACGGCGCCCAGCAACGAUUUUCCGUACGCGGGAACGCGAUUAUCACCGGUGGCGCAGGCACCCUCGGCCUACACGCCUGCGACGCCCUGCUCGAGCACGGCCUUCAGGGCCUAAUGAUCUUCGACAUCAACCCCGACAAUUCGAAGCAGGAAAUCGCGCAAAUGCAAGCGAAAUUCCCGAACGCCAAAAUCCACUCCCAGAAAGUCGACGUGACCGCUGAAGAUGAGGUCAACGCCGCCGUCGCGGAGACAGCUCGUCUCCUAGGCUCCGUCGACACGUUAGUCUGUUUCGUGGGAGUUGUGGGCUGCGUAGAGACCCUCGAGAUGCCCGUCUCACAGUGGCGGAAAGUCCUAGAUAUCAACACGACCGGCUCUUUCAUCUGCGCGCAAGCCGCGGCUCGACAGAUGGUGAAGCAAGGCACCGGAGGCUCGAUUACGUUCGUCGCAUCUAUUUCUGCUCAUCGAGUCAACUUCCCUCAGCCGCAGGUGGCGUACAAUGUCAGCAAGUCGGCGCUCCUCAUGCUCAAGAGCUGUCUGGCGGCGGAGUGGGCGAGGUACGGCAUUCGCACGAACAGUGUGAGCCCCGGGUAUAUGGAUACAAUUUUGAAUGAGGGUGAUGGCAUUGCCGACCAUCGGCGGAUUUGGGCUGAGCGCAAUCCUAGCGGUAGAAUGGGCAGCCCGUCCGAGUUGACUGGUACCAUUGUGCUGCUGACUAGCAGUGCAGGCUCGUAUAUCAAUGGUUCGGAUAUUGUGGUGGAUGGCGGCGCGAUUGUGCUGUAA